AUGAGAAACCACACAGUAACAACAUUCAUCCUCCUGGGACUGACGGAUGACCCACAACUGAAAACUCUGAUCUUCAUCUUUCUGUUUCUCACAUACGUGCUGAGUGUGACUGGGAACCUCACGAUCAUUUCCCUCACCUUUAUAGAUUCACACCUAAAGACUGCUAUGUACUUUUUCCUACAAAAUUUCUCCUUCCUAGAAAUCUCAUUUACAACUGCUUGCAUUCCCAGAUACUUAUACAACAUCUCAACAGGUGACAAGACAAUUACAUAUAACAACUGUGCCAUUCAAAUAUUUUGUACUGAUCUUUUUGGUGUGACAGAAUUUUUUCUGCUGGCUAUCAUGUCCUAUGACCGAUAUGUAGCCAUCUGCAAACCUUUGCAUUAUAUCACCAUCAUGAGCAGCAGGAUAUGUACAAGACUUAUCCUCUGUUGCUGGGCAGCUGGUUUGUUUGUGGUCCUGCCACCACUUAGUCUGGGCCUCAAACUGGAAUUCUGUGACUCUGUUAUUGACCAUUUUGUCUGUGAUGCAUACCCCCUCCUAAAGAUCUCAUGCACAGAAACAUGGCUCAUAGAGCAGAUAGUGAUAGUUUCUGCAGUAUUGACAUUUAUCAUGACCCUGCUGUGUGUAAGCCUUUCCUAUGUGUACAUAAUCAGGACCAUUCUAAGAUUUCCUUCUGCCCAGCAGAGGAAAAAGGCCUUCUCUACCUGUUCUUCCCACAUGAUUGUGGUUUCCAUCACCUAUGGCAGCUGCAUCUUCAUCUACGUCAAACCUUCAGCAAAGGACUCAGUGGCUGUCAACAAGGGCGUGAUGGUUCUCACCACUUCCAUUGCUCCCAUGUUGAACCCAUUCAUUUAUACCUUGACGAACAAACAAGUCAAGCAGGCCUUCAAUGACUCAGUGAAAAGAGCUGCGCUGUUCUUCAAGAAGUAG